UAGCCUGCGUGGUCACGUGACACUUGUGUCACAGGAGGACAGCAUGGCGGACAUGCAUAUAGAAGCUGGUAACAAAUUACUACAUAGAUUGAGGAGCUAACCCAGUCAGUCGAGCGAUUAUAGCCGAGUUCAUUGCGUCAACGAGGGGACCCUGAGCGGAAUGGACGACGAGAUUAAACUUGAGUUCCCGUCUCUGCCUGCCACUAAGGAGGAUAUUCUGGACUGGGCUUAUCCAAUGAGAAGGGAAAUGCAGGAAAUAUUACCAGGACUAUUUCUAGGUCCUUACUCUGCUGCAAUGAAAAGCAAGCUGCAGAUUCUGGAGAGACAAGGCAUAACGCACAUUGUGUGUGUCCGACAAGACAUCGAAGCCAAUUUUAUCAAACCUAAUUUCCCUCAUACAUUUAGGUACCUUGUGUUAGAUAUCGCAGACAAUCCAGUGGAAAAUAUCAUAAGAUUUUUCCCCACAACUAAAGAAUUCAUUGAUGGCUGUUUGGCCACAGGAGGGAAAGUGCUGGUUCAUGGUAAUGCAGGGAUCUCAAGAAGUGCCGCCUUAGUGAUUGCAUACUUAAUGGAAACAUUUGGAAUGAAAUACAGGGAUGCAUUCAGCCACAUCCAGGAGAGGAGGUUCUGCAUUAACCCCAAUGUGGGAUUUGUGCAUCAGCUUCAGGAGUAUGAAGCGAUCUACCUCGCCAAACUGACCAUUAAGAUGAUGUCACCCAUGCAGCUGGGCCGCUCCUUCUUACAAGCAGGCAUGCCGGGAAGCCGUAAACGCAGCCUGGAAGAAGACGAGGACUUUGGAGCAAUGCAGGUCACAACAGCGCACAAUGGAUGAGCCUUGCUUGGAUUUAGCCAUGUGGCGCAUUGCACUCCUUUUUUUGUUGACAUUUUUAAUAGGAUUAAAAAUGUAGAUAUUUGAAUCUUUUUUCUAAUGGGGAAAAGGGUGGGGUGGGAGACCACUCAUGUCUGAGACAUGGAGGUCUGACGGGGACAAACAUAUUUGAUAACCUUUUUUGUUUCUUGAGCUGUAUGCACUGAUGGGAGACUUUUGCAAGUUUUAUAGUAUUUAAAGCAUUUUGCAUAUGCAGCGGGACAGUAUUGCAAUAAUGCACUUUCGAUACUUGAAUUCGUGUAGAUGACCAGAGGGGGCCAGGCGGCAAAAGGGAAAGUGGCAGGAACGUUAGGAUUUCAGAAAUGGGGGAUAGUUAAUGCCUUUAUUUUGGUGUGUUAGAACGAACUAACUUCCGGCUUUAUGUUGGAUUGUAUGGAAUGUUGAAUUAACAAGUUAUUGUAUAAUAAAAAGUUGGACUGACUCCUGUUUUGGCUGUACAUCCUUC